UAUAUAACUGAAAAAUGGCAUGUGCCUGCUUGCUCACGAUCGCUCUCGUUCUCUACAUGCUCUUCGAUGUAAAUUAUUUCCUCAGGAUCGCGUUUACCAUCCUUACCGGCAGAUUGUUUCAGAAGAAAAAGAAGAUUUUUGACACGACUACCAUUUACGGUAUAUGCAUUACGCAAGAUGUGGAUUUGUUCUUUAAACACAUGAACAACGCGAGAUACCUUCGCGAAUUGGAUUUCGCGCGUUUCCAUUAUUACGAUCGAUCUGGAAUAUAUUCAGCGAUCACGAAGAAAGGUGGAAGCGCGGUGCAAGGAGCAUCGUUGGUUCGAUAUCGUCGAGCCAUUCCUAUUUUCACUCUGUAUAAAGUGACCACGAAGCUGAUUUAUUGGGAUGAUAAGAAUUUCUACUUGGAGCACGAAUUUAUUAGUUUGACGGACGGUUUCGUUCGCGCGGUCAUUUUUAGCAAACAAACGACAACAGGUCUGAAAGUUCCAGUCCCUGAAAUAAUAGCUCAAGUCGAGCCAAACGCGCAAUGUCCCGAAAUGACCAAAGAUUUAGAACUAUGGUUGAAUUCUAUGGAAGAAUCUUCUCAGAGAUACAAGAAACAAAGAUGAACUAAAGUGAUCCUCGUUUUUCUAACUUCUUAUUUUAUUUGUUAUUUUAUUGUUAUUUUAUUAUUUAUAAUAUUGUUGAUUCGU